UCUUCUUCUCCUCCCUUUCGGCCUCGGCUUUCCUUCCGGCGUAGGUCAUUCCAUAUUCGGAUCCCUUUCCUCGCCUUAUAAAGGACCCUGCCGCUCGGCGCAGCGCAAAUCAACCAGCCGAUCCAUCGUUUUUCGUGUGAACUGUUGUGGCAUCGAUCCAUGGGUAACCACCAGAAGCUCCUCAACUUCCUCCGGCCGGACCCGGCCGCGGUGGCCGCAUGCUCGCCGAGGUCCUUCUCCUCCUCCUCCGCCUCCGUGUCGGACGACGACGGGUACAGCUGCUCGUCCUACCCCACCACGGACGGGGACGCCUCGCCGUCGCGCUACGGCGGCUCCUCGACCCCGCCCACGCCCAAGUCGCCGUGGGCGCACCUCCCGGGCCUCGGCGCCGGGGGCGCCGUUGCGGAACCUGGGGCCACGGGCCUCAUCGCGUCGCUGGUCAAGGAGGACGGGCACGUCUACUCGCUGGCGGCCACCGGGGACGUUCUUUACACCGGGACCGACUCCCGGAACGUGCGCGUGUGGCGGGACCAGCGCGAGCUCGCCGGGUUCAGGACCGCCAGCGGCCUCGUCAAGGCCAUCGUGGUCGCGGACGACGGGCGCAUCUUCACCGGCCACCAGGACGGCAAGGUGCGCGUGUGGCGCGCCGACGCGGACAACCCCGCCGUGCACCGCCAGGUGGGCUCGCUCCCGAAGCUCAAGGACUACCUCAAGAGCGCCGUCAACCCCACCAGCUACGUCGAGACGCAGCGCAAGGGGCGCCAGCGCGCGGUGUGGCUUCGGCACUCCGACGCCGUGUCCUCCCUCAGCCUCGACGAGGGCGCUGGGCUGCUCUACUCGGCCUCGUGGGACAGGACCUUCAAGGUGUGGCGCGUGUCGGACUCCAAGUGCCUCGAGUCCGUCAGCGCGCACGACGACGCCAUCAACACCGUGGCCGCCGCCGGGUUCGACGACGUCGUGUUCACCGGAUCGGCCGACGGCACCGUCAAGGUGUGGCGGCGGGAGAUGGCCGCGAAGAGCGACGCCACGAAGCAUGUCCUGGAGAAGGUGCUCGGGGAGGGCGAGAGCGCGGUCACCGCCAUCGCCGUGUCGGCCGAGGACCGCGUCGUGUACGUGGGCUCGUCGGACGGGCUGGUCACCUACUGGUACUGGGUCGACGGCGAGGCAAGAUACGGCGGCGUGCUCAAGGGCCACAAGAUGGCGGUGAUGUGCCUGGCGGUGGCCGGCAACGUCGUCGUCAGCGGCUCGGCCGACCAGACCCUCUGCGUCUGGCGUCGCGACGGGGCGGAGCACGUCUGCCUGAGCGUGCUGACCGGACACACCGGGCCCGUGAAGUGCGUCGCCAUGGACGAGGAGGCCGCGGUCGCCGGUUCGGGCAGUGAUCGGCGGUUCGUGGUGUACAGCGGGAGCCUCGACGGGUCCGUCAAGGUCUGGCGCCUGUCGGACGCACAAACGCCAGCGCCGGUGACGGAGCGCACAGCAGCGCCGUCGCAGGCGUGGAGGGGGCAGCCGGCCCCGGCGACGUACGCGGAGGCGUGGGCGCCGUACCAGGCGACGGCGGAGGCGAAGCGCGUGCCAGCGGCGUGAGGGCGAAGCAAUCGUGCUCCUACGUGCGCGCAUGGAAGGGAACAAUGUGGUGGCCACACGUGUACUCGGGCAGAUCGUACUAGAGUGUACAUAUACGUAGCAGUACGAGUUGUGCGUGUAUUUUGAGGUGGGAAAUCAGAUUGUGUGGCGGUGGCCGAGAUCAUCUGGUCUGUGUAGUUGACGGGGAGAAAUGGGCGGUGGGUUGACAGUGAGAGGUCACGGGCCACGUCAAAAUCGGUUGACAGAAGAGGGAAAAUGGUUUGUGUGGGUGAUUUUGGCUGUAUAACCAUUGAGAUAGAUUUCGUGCAACAAGGUGUGCACUAAAGGUUCCCUGAAAAA